AUGGCUUCGGAUGGAAAAUCAAUUACAUGGGCACCCAAGGGGAGUGGUUCCGGUUUGUUGCCUGUGACCAUCAAAGUUGCAGAUAUUACACAUCUCCAACAAACUCCCGCGACGAGUCCAAAAGUUAUGCUGAAGGUAUUCGCACAAGCAACCACUAUUAAUCCCAGCGCCGGCCCCAGUCCCAACAACGCCCCGCCGGGCGCAACGGAACAGUAUAUCUUUUCCUUCACGUCGGGAACAAACGCACGUGCCGAGGCUGAUGCGAUCAAAGAUGCUCUCAGUGCAACCAUCCAGGCAAUAAAAACAGGACAGGUCCCUACAAAAGAAAGCGCACCAGCCGCGAUGGCGAUUGCAAGUGCACUAUCUUCAGCAGCGGGAAAACCAUCAUGGGACGACGAUAGCCGACUGAUUGCAGACGUGGAACUACAGCAAUCCCUUCUGAAGUUUGAUCCAGCCCUGCAGAGAGUGUUUAUGGAGACGCUUCGCACGAAGGCCGAAACAGUUAGCAAUGCACAAUUUGUGUCGCAGUUUUGGUCAACAAGGGUACAUCUCCUGCGGGCGCAUGCGAUUGAGAAGUCACAGACGCGCGGGUCAUAUAACGUACUCUCAACGUUGAAGCCGCGGGUGGAGGAUAACGUAACCAAACUUAAUAUCAGCAAGGAGCAGAUCCAGCUUAUAUUUAGCCAGCAUCCGCUGGUGAAGAAGGUUUACGACGAGAAUGUCCCAAAGCUGACGGAGCAGCAGUUCUGGUCGCGGUUUUUCCAGAGUCGGUUGUUUAAGAAGUUGCGCGGUGAGCGGGUGACGGACGCGGAUCCGACUGAUCCGAUUCUGGACAAGUAUCUUCGGGUCGAUGAGUUUGCGGGCCGUUCGUGGACGGCGAACGUGCCGCAUAUUAUUGAUCUUGAUGGAAAUGAGGAGAAUCAUAGUCAGAGGCAGGGGAAUAGACCGAAUUUCGACAUGAGGCCUGCAGACAUGGACAAGGUGCCAAUUAUACGGACUUUGAAUUCGCUAAGCGAGAAGAUCAUGGCGAAUGUCACGCCGGUUGAUGCGGACCCAUCUGCGCCGAUUGGUCUGAGCGAAGAGGCGUACAAUGAGUUGCAGCUUCGUGAUUUACGCGAAGACGAGGAGUUGAAGCGAAUCACAUUAAACGUGCGUGAUCAGAGCCUUUUUUUGACUGAGACCAAACCUGCAGAGGACGAGGAGACCCGAAUAUUCGCGCGGCAGGACCCACACGAAGUUCUCCGCAGGCUACAGAAUGACCUAGACUCAACUUUCCCGCCCAAAAACAAGGGUGGUGUUCGGCUCGACCGCAUUAUUGAGCCGGAAGAAACCGAUAGCGAUAACGAUGAUGAUACCCGCAACCAGCAAAAGAGCACGAAACCAAGAAAAGAAAGAGUCGGCUCCAGAUCCGCCCUCGCUGCCGCGUCCACCCAGAUAUUCUCCGCUAUCCGUGACCGCAAAUCUCAAUUCUCCUCACCCUCCGCCACCUUGCCAGAAACCUGUGGCCUCCCCCCAGCCAUCUUCGACCGCUUGACCCUCACACACGCCACCACGACCGAAUUCCUCCAUCAAUUCUGGCAAGCCUUCCUAUCCGGGAAUCCGGACCGGGCCGGCGAAAUUGCAUCUCUGGUCGAGUCAUUAAAUCGCGCUAUGGAUCGCAUCAAAACCGUGGCGGACGAAGCGGAGAAGGAGCGCCAGGUAGAAAUUGAAAGACUGAAACGGCAUGCCAGAGAAGUCAUGGCGUCGACGGGGAAGAAUAUCCGGCCCAAUUUGAAGGGGGUGGAGGGCGGGGGAAAGACGGUUAACGCGCUUUUAGAGCCGACAGUGAAGGCGUUGGGAAAGGCAUUAGACGAGUACAGGAAGGCCUUGGCCCAGGCACAACAGGUCCAAGUUCAGGAGGGCACAGGGGGACCAGCAGCAGGGGGAGAAGGAUAG